AUGAGAACCUCAAGUGUCAACGCUCUGGCCUUGGCCAUGAGCUGUAUUCAGGGAGCCUAUGGAUUGCUUCCUCUCGUGAGCCAAGUUCCGCCCAUGGGACUGACUGCGGACGAAGAAGCAACCUUGGUCGACGCAGCGGUGCCUCUUGUUGGCAAUGGAACGUUCCUCCAACCCGUCGACCACAAUGAUCCUUCAAAGGGGACUUUCUCCAUGUCCUACUGGUAUAAUGCUACCAAUUGGGGUGGACCUGGUUCUCCUGUCGUUAUCUUCACCCCUGGCGAGGCCGCAGCAGCAGCUUACACGGGUUAUCUCACACCGCGUACUUUGACAAGCGCCAUUGCUCAGGCAAUCGACGGUGCAAUCAUUCUGAUUGAACACCGAUACUGGGGCUCUUCCAGCCCGUGCCAGAACCAGACCACCACCUGCCUGCAAGAUCUCACACUCCAACAAGCUGUAGACGACUUUGUCAACUUUGCACAGAAUGCCCCUCUUCCAUUUGAUCCCAGCAACUCUACCAAUGCUGAUCAAGCACCCUGGGUUUGGGUUGGUGGCUCUUACUCUGGCGCUCUCGCAGCAUGGAUUGAAAAGCUGUCGCCUGGAACUUUCUGGGCUUACCACUCCACCAGCGGUCCCGUCGAGGCUGUUUACGAUUACUGGGAGUACUUCUACCCCAUUCAGCAGGGAAUGCCCAAGAACUGCAGUCUCGACUAUGAGGCAAUUAUUGAUUACGUCGACUCCGUCUUUAUCAACGGCACGGAAGAGGAAAAGACGGCCCUCAAGCAGCAGUUCUUGCUUGAAGACUUGGAGCACGACGAUGACGCUGCCAUUGCCAUCUCAUCCCCGAUCUGGGCAUGGCAGAGCAUCCAAUUCUACUCUGGCUAUUCGCAAUUCUAUCAGAUGUGCGACGCCAUCGAAGGCGCCAGCGGUAACCACAGCACGGGCAACUAUAGCGAUGCGGGCGUUGGUCUGGCCAAGGCACUGCCCAACUUUGCUGAUUGGUUCACGGUCAACUACAUUCCUGGUUAUUGCGACUCGUACGGCUAUGAUGAUUGGUCCGGAGAAUACAAUGUUCAGUGCUUUGACACUUACAACAGCUCCUGGGAGAUCUUCCACGAUUGGACACCCGACAAUGUCGGAGACCGACCAUGGAUCUGGAUGACGUGCAACGAGCCGUUCUUUUACUGGCAGACCGGUGCGCCGGAGGGGACCCCCACAGUCAUGACCCGCCUGGCCACGCCAGAGUACUACGACCGCCAGUGUGCCCUGUGGUUCCCGCCCGAGGGCAACAACACGUACCGCAGCGCUCUGGGUAUCACGGAAGACUACGUCAACAACCGCACCGACGGCUGGUUCAACACUGAUCUCCCGCGCUUGCUGUACGUCAACGGCGAGGUCGACCCCUGGCGUUCGGCUUCCGUGGCCUCCGAGUUCAGACCCGGUGGCCCCUUUAACGGUACCGAUGAGACUCCCGCUAUUCUCAUCGCUGGCGGAAGACAUUGCAACGAUCUAAUCAUCACCAAUAAUGUCCAUUUGCCUGUUGCAGCUGCGCAAGAGGCUGCCAUUAGCCAGUUCAAGGAAUGGGUCGGCGAGUUCGAAGAGUUCAAAUAA